GGUUAAUGUACAAAAUACUUUUAUUUUGAAGUGUAUAGGAACACGGAAAUAUUGUUGUGAAAGAUCAAAUGGUGGAUCGCAGGAUGGAUCCUAGUGGGAAACCAUCCACUGCCCAAGUCCUGUUAUUAGCCACCAGCUCCGCGCUGACUGCUGUCUUCUACUCUGUGUACAGCAGGAGGUCAACAACUGUGGCGAGGCUAAAGGAAGCCAAGAAAGUAUCUAUUGAUCAGGAUCUGAAGAACAUCUUAACAGAAGCACCGGGGAAAUGUGUUCCGUACGCCGUUAUUGAAGGCGUUGUGAGAUCCGUGAAAGAAACACUCAACAGCCAGUUUGUGGACAACUGCAGAGGUGUCAUCGAGAGGUUAACUCUGAAGGAGAAGAAGAUGGUGUGGAAUCGCACCACCCAUCUCUGGAACGAGAGUGAAAAGGUCAUCCACCAACGUACAAACGCAGUGCCCUUUGACCUGGCAUCUCAUGACGAAGCAGUGGCUGCCAGUGUCAGGGUUGUCCGUCCCCUGGACUCCUAUGAGCUGGACCUAGAGACCACCUACGAGAACUUUCACCCGACUGUCCAGACCCUGACCAAUGUCAUCGGCCACUUCAUCAGCGGGGAACGUCCUAAAGGUAUCCACGAGACGGAGGAGAUGCUGCGCCUGGGGGGAUGUGUGACCGGGGUCGGGGAGCUGGUGCUCGACAACGACCUGGUGAAGCUCCAGCCUCCCAAACAGGGCCUGAGGUAUUUCCUCAGCCGGCUGGACUACGACUCCCUGGUGGAGAAGCAAUGCAACAGCGUCCGAGUGUGGAGGAUCCUGACGGUUGUUUUCGGCGUGGUGGCAUCCAGCACGCUCCUCUACAUUCUGUGGAAGCAGUGGGCGUACCACAGACAGAGGAGGAAGGAGAGGAAUGUCCUGGAGGAGUUCAAGGAGCGGCAGAGGAGGAGGAUGAGGGAGCUGAAUGUGGACGAGGCCAGCGUUUCCCCUAGUGCCUGUACGGUGUGUCUGAGCCGGGAGCGCUCCUGUGUGUUCCUGGAGUGUGGGCAUGUCUGUGCCUGUGAUCAGUGCUACCAGGCUCUUCCAGGGCCAAAGAAGUGCCCUAUCUGCAGGGGCACAAUAGACCGAGUAGUACCUCUUUAUAACAGUUAAAAUGCCAUUGCAAAUGGACUAAUGUCAUUGAUAAAAGGACUGUAAAUUUGUUUCUGUAUUCAUUUUUUUUCAUGUGUGUGUCAGGAAAACUGCUGUAUGUCGUUUGAAGUGAUUCUUGUUGCUUUCGGAAAGUCUUUUACUCAAGGAUCAGAAUGUCGAUUUGAGUUACGUCCAUUGAUGAAAAUGUCUAAUAGUUAGUGUCUGUUUUUCCAUACUGUGUUGUGUAGAGUCAACUCAUAAGUUGAAUGCCUUGUAACCUCAGUGUUUCUCCACAACACAGCAAAGAUAUGUUUAAUAAAGAAAGACACGGCAAAACAAAUACUCAAACUAUUUUGAAAGUAUGAGUAUGGUGUACAUCAGUAUGCUAUCCACAUAGUUAUGUAAAUGUCUUUGGCCUCCAGGAGAGUGGGAUGUCUGCCUUGUAUACACUUACUAAACAUGGUUGAAAGAGCAAGAAUGUGUGCAAGAUUUGUUAAUUUAGCCAAUAAAAAAAAGGAACAAGUUUA